AUGGGUGAGUUGAGAUUAGAAAUAAUAAGUUUAGUUCUGGCAGCUAUGGUUUAUUUCUGUUUUCCAUUUAGCUAUUUUGCUGAAGUCUACCAGGCUUCGUAUCAUGUAGACAUAUUUAGCGUUGAUCUGGAGAUGGGUGAUGAGCGACUACAACGGCCAAAUAAUGGCUCAGCAAUACACGGUAGACGUGAGCCAUUCACCAGCCGGCAUGCAUCGAAUUCAUUCGUCACCUCAACAACCGGUCUGUGA